GAGUGAACAUUUACACGAGUCUGGAUGAGAUGUCGACUACAAGGGCAGACAUUAUCAGGGUAGGGUGUCAGUGGUGGUACGAUGAGAUCUCGGACUACGAGUACCCGGGACCGAAUAACAGCUUCCUCUACUGCUCCAAAACAGACUUGGAGGAUGUCAGACACUUCACACAGAUGAUGUGGAAUGAGACAGAGCGAAUAGGGUGUGCAGUGCAUAGAUGCAAAAACGAAGAGCAGGAAAAAAGCAGAGAAGAGGCCUCUCUGGGAAUUUGUGUUUAUGAGCCAGCGGGAAAUCAGAAGGACCAGCCUCUCUUCACUCAGGAGAACUACGAAGGACUGUGUGCAGCAGAGCCAGACCGAUUCAAAACAUGCGUACC